AUGGCGAGCUUCCACGACAUCCUGCUGGGCUGCCCGCAUGUGGCCGCCAGCAUCUUUGGCUACCAAGAGGGCAUCACCGAAGACGCUUUGCCGUACUUUGACCACUUCCACGAACACGUGCUCUACGCGACGCCCCAUGGCCACCAUGAAGCCACCUUUAUGUUUCUCAACGAGAACGGCGUGGUCGAGCGCUUCCGGCCCGCCGACCUGGCUUUGCUCGAGCAGCGCGACAGCCGCUUUCCGCUGCACUUGGCCAUCUCUAGAGGCGACAUAGAGGCCACGCAGCGCCUUGUACGCGGCGCCCCGCACGUCGUCUCGGUCGAUGCGAUCCACUGCGCCUUUCUGCAUGGCCGUGCAGCGAUUGUCAAGUACCUUCUCGACGCCCGCGCGCUCUCGCCCGCCCUCUUUAAGCCGCUGCCAUCGCCAGCCGUAACACUAGAACGAGUGCAGCGCAGGGUACUUUGCGCCUACGACGACGUGGAGCUCGUCCAGCUCUUUGAAGUGUUCGCGUCACCGACAUGGACGCGCGACAGCUGUGCUUUGGUCCUCAUGCAUCGCCGCACCCGUGUCGCCGAGUACUUGUACCAGCACUACGAAGCAAGCUUGUCGACGCUCGAUGUGUGUGCGCUGGCGAGCAAGUAUGGCCUCACGGGCAUGCUGCGGCUUCUCGCAACGCGUGGGGCUCUCACGCCCAGGGCCAUCGACGUCGCCAUCCAGUACGGGCGCGUUGAAGCAGUGCAUUACUUGCGCUCCGAGUGUCGUCAAGUUGCCUCGAAUGGCGUGUGGGCCAAGGCUGCAACCCGAGGGCUUGUCGCGAUACUGGAGCGAUUGCCACUGCCAGAGGACAAGGAGGUCGUGGCAGCCGCCGCCGCAAACGGCCACCUCGACGUGCUUCGAUUCCUCACGUCGCGUACAAUCGUCUCGCUAAGCGGUGCCGCCCGAGCGGCCGUGGCAUCCCACCGUGCCGACGUCUUGGACUUUUUGCUGUCGCAGGAUCCGACGGUCGACGUCGCGUUUUCCUCCACCAACCCGGUCUUCUUGAUGUGUCUCUUGACCGCAGCCAAGCAAGGGCGACGUAGUAUCCUCGAGAUCCUCUUUGAGCGCAACGCGUUUACGCCAACGCGUGCGAUCGUCGACGCCGCCGCCUCGUCCGGCAGCGUCGAGCUCGUUACUUGGCUGUGCACGGUGGUCCCUGACGUCGUCACGCAGACACCAAGCGCGCUAAUGUCGGCCGUCUCGUCGGGCCAUGUCGACGUCGCCAACGUCCUACUGGCCCACGGACUCGAACUGGACGCCGACACCGAGAUCGUCCGCUUUCACCUGCCCAAGAUGGACGAGGUACUGGCCUUCUCGAUCGAGCACCAGCUUGCGAUCGCAGCCCAAUGUCUGCAUUCGGCGUGUGCCAAAGGUCGUCUCGACGUCGUCAUGCGCCUGCUUCCGCUAUUUCCGACGGCGACGGUGGCCUCCAUGGUCGACGUCGCGGUUGGAUGCAACCAUCCGGAUGUUCUUCAGCUCUUGGCCGAGCGUAGUGCCACGUGCCCACCCGAGAUGCUCCUCCGGACGCUCGAAUGCGAUGCGUGGGCCUUGUUUCGCGUCCUCUGCGACUUUUGCCCCGUCACGGACGACGUGCUGGCACGCGCAGUGCGGCUCGCGAUCGAUGACGUGGCGCUGCUCCAGUAA